AACAACAAAAAAAAAACACACACAAAAAGACGUAGUUUACAACAUUACUAUACCGUUGUGUAUAACGGUUACUUGACAGAAUACGUUGAUAUUCCACCCACACAAUUGUGUGAAUUUUUUGUUCUUAUCACCACCCCCCUAACAGAUUUAAUGUAAUAUAGCCUCAGAUUUAAAAACGCAGCGCCAUGGAAAUUGAUAGCGAUUUGGAUAAUAAUUUAUUGCAACAGUUUAGUUGCCUAAAUACAACUGAUCGUGAUGUUUUAAUUUCUCAGCUUCAGAAAAUUCUAGGUAAUCAGCUGAACGCGGCAGGGUGUGCUUUCUUUCUGGAUAUGAACAACUGGAAUCUUCAGGCAGCUGCAUGUUCAUUCUUUGACAUUGAUGCACCUUUAGAUAGACUACCUUCAAUGUCCUUUGUAAGAGAUGUCACUAUUGGGGAAGGAGAGGCUGUGCCUCCCAGCACUAGGUUUAUAAAAACAUGGAGAAUUCAAAACUCUGGAAAUGAGCCAUGGCCACCAGGAUGUUGUCUUAAGUUUACAAAUGGUCAUCACCUGGGCCUUGAGGACCGAGCUAUAGUUGAACCCUUGCAACCUAAAGAAGCGGCUGAUGUGUCCAUAGAAAUGAUGAGUCCAGAUCGGCCAGGUAUUUAUCAAGGCCAAUGGAGGAUGAGCACAGCAACUGGACAGUAUUUUGGAGAAGUGAUUUGGGUUAUAGUUACAGUAGCAGAGGGAGGAAUCCUCAGUCUAACUCAACAAAUGGAUGCCUUCUGCCAUCUAGGUCAGCCUCCAUGGAGUGUUCCAAUUCCAACAAAUCCAUUCUCUAUCUCACCAUCACAACAUCCCAUGGAUAGAGAAUCUUUUCCAGCACAUGUUAAUGAAUAUUCAAUUAGUUCUCCUAGUUUGGCAUCAUCACCAACAAAGUUUUUGUACAACUGUUCAAGCAGUCUCCCAUCAUCUCCUGUCAGAAGUACAUUUCUUGAAGCACCAACAGUGCCCCAGCUUUCUUCAUCCCUACCAUCAUCUCAAAUGCAAAGCAGGAAUGAGAAUGCCCCAGAAGAUAUGAUAAUAUGAUGUAACUAAAAGAUUUAAAACUAUUUUAUGAUAUAUUCAUGUUUUAAUACAACAUGAAUAUGAGUGUGGGUGUGUUUUAGAAUCUGUGUAAGGGAUAUAGCAGUGUUUGAUAGAAAAUGUUUUCUUGUGUUCAUUUUCUCUUAAUCAUUUAAGUUUAUAAGCAUUUGCAUACACUAAUUAAUAGAAGGAUAUAUAAUGCUAUAAUAAUCUAAAAUAUGAAAGGAAAUAGUUGUUUAUAUAAUUUGAAUAAAAAAAAAGUGAAUUUUUCUAAGAAGAUAUUAAGGACUGAAAACAAAUUUGCCCAUUUACCAUCAUAUAAAUUUUUUUUACUUGGAAAACUUGGUACAUGUAUGAGAAGUGUUUUUAAAAUGAAUUUCAGUUUAAAUAAUAUUAAUGGUUUGCUAUUCUAGAUGGUUGAAACUAACAGCCUUUUUAUUUUGUGUUUUAAAGACGUAUAUUAAGUUCUUUUAAUCCUGUGCCAGUUUUACUUGUACUGUAUAUUUUCAGAGUAAUUAUUUAGUACAAAAAGCAUCUUUUAUUUUACAGGAGUUUCUUUGAUAAUGAACCUCUUCCUCACUUCAAGAUUUAUAUAUUUAAAGCUAAAAUAUUGCACUGCUUAGUAACUUUGAUGAAUAGAAUUUUAGUGAUGAACAUUUUUUUCCAAAAGCAUUAUAAUUCUUAUAAGCAAAAAGAAUGACAUAGUUUUUAAUCAUAUAGUACCUCUGCUUUACUCCAUAAUAGCCAGAAAAUGUAAAUGUUAUAAUGGAUUGUUUUGAAUAGAAUGUUUCAUAGGACAAAACGUACAAAAUAUACACUCUACAAGGUUUUACAUCAAAUUGUUUCAUAGGUUUUGUAAAAGUACUUAUUAACUUUGAGAUAAAUAUAAGAAGUUACACCUUUCCUUUUUAUUUACAUUAUGAAAAUAAUACAAGAAAUUUAAAUGUACAUUUUGAAUAGCAUUUUUCUAGGUGUCUUAAAUUAGUUUCAUAUCUUCGUGAUACAGUUAUUUUGACCUUAGUUAGCAUAUUGCAUUACCUGGGUAAAUCCAGUUUAAAUUUUCUUUAUACAAAAUACUGGUAUAAUAAUGAUUGUUCAUUCUCCAAAAUUAUUACCAUGUUUUUGUGUUUUUCUUAAAAUAAAAGUCCAACAGAAUCUAAGCUAGAAAGCAAAAUUAACUGCUAUCCUUGCAGUAUUGUAAAAACUUGUCUAUCACAAACCAUAAUUUGAGUUUGUAUGUGAUGUUAGAGUUAAUUGAAAGAAUAGUAGUUUUUUUUUAAUAAUGAAACUUUAUAGUUGAACCACAAUACUUUUGUUAGACAUCAGAAUUGUAAUGAAUAAAUGCUUGUUUGCUGCCACAUGAAAUGCACAGUUGUAUAGUAUAUUUAAAAUUUGGUUCUAAGCAUUUACUGUACAGGAUGAGUUUGUGAUGAUGUUUUUUUAGAAUUUAAUAAAGAUACUUGAAUUUUUCAGAUUUUUAAAUCCAAAA